CGGAGGGGGAGGUGGCUGGCAGCUUCUCCCGCGGCCGCCAUUUUGUUGCUGUGGCUAUUGGGAACGGGCUGGGCAACACUGCCCUGGAGGCGCGACGCUCUUUGGAGUUGGGUGCUUCGUGUGACGGCGGAGGUCGGUGAAGACCUGUGGGGCUGCGGAGCCGGCACAUUCCAGGCCAGGAGUCACCUCCAGUACACCGAACAGCUCGAGAACCCCGGAGGGGCCUCCGCUGCAGCUUGGCUUUGCCCAUCCCGACUCCCCGACUCUGCCCCGCGUUCCCCGGGCCGACUCUUUUCGUGAGGCGGCCCCGGAGCAGGCGGGCGGCGGCGGAGGAUGCUGCGAGCCCGGACCCGAAAGGAAGGUGCUGGCCUGGCCCUCUAAGCGCGCCUCGAGGUGUGCCGAGAGCCCCUUAGUUGGCCCCAAAGCCGUCUGCCGGACACAGUCCUUCAGAGCAGGCGAGAGCAGCCGCCGCCCCGGCCCGCCACAGAGAAGCCGUUCCGACACCAUGUCCUCUGCCAGGUUCGACUCCUCAGACCGCUCCGCCUGGUACAUGGGGCCUGUGUCUCGCCAGGAGGCGCAGACCCGGCUCCUGGGCCAGCGCCACGGCAUGUUCCUCGUCCGCGAUUCUUCCACCUGCCCCGGGGACUAUGUGCUGUCGGUGUCCGAGAACUCGCGGGUCUCCCACUACAUCAUCAAUUCGCUGCCUAACCGCCGUUUUAAGAUCGGGGACCAGGAGUUUGACCAUUUGCCGGCACUGCUGGAGUUUUACAAGAUCCACUACCUGGACACCACCACCCUUAUCGAGCCCGCGCCCAGGUAUCCUAGCCCACCAGUGGGAUCUAUCUCAGCACCCAACCUGCCUACAGCAGAAGAAAAUCUGGAAUAUGUACGGACUCUCUAUGAUUUUCCUGGGAAUGAUGCUGAAGACUUGCCCUUUAAAAAGGGUGAGAUCCUGGUGAUAAUAGAGAAACCUGAAGAACAGUGGUGGAGUGCCCGGAACAAGGAUGGCCGGGUUGGGAUGAUUCCUGUCCCUUAUGUUGAAAAGCUUGUGAGAUCCUCACCACAUGGAAAGCAUGGAAAUAGGAAUUCCAACAGUUACGGGAUCCCAGAACCUGCUCAUGCAUACGCUCAACCUCAAACCACAACUCCUCUACCUGCAGUUUCCAGUACUCCUGGGGCAGCGAUCAACCCUUUGCCAUCCACACAGAAUGGACCUGUCUUUGCAAAAGCAAUCCAGAAAAGAGUACCCUGUGCUUAUGACAAGACAGCUUUGGCAUUAGAGGUUGGUGACAUUGUGAAAGUCACAAGGAUGAAUAUAAAUGGCCAGUGGGAAGGUGAGGUGAAUGGGCGCAAAGGGCUUUUCCCCUUUACACACGUCAAAAUCAUUGACCCUCAAAACCCAGAUGAAAACGAGUGAUUGAUGUUGCCCUGUUUCCUGCUGCUUCAUCGUUCUGCCUGUCAUAGUCUUCUUUGAAGUGGGAAAGCAUUCUCUCUCAUAGGCAAGUCACACUGUAUUGCCGAUGUCCAGCUUUCUGCAGACUGGCAGUCUCAUACACAUUUGGAAUGCACACAGCGGCUGCCUCCUGGCGUUUGUAUCAUAGUUGUAUUGUCAAAGAGUAGCCGAUUUUAGAGUUCUUUUGGAUCAUAAACUGGAAAAACUGGUGGAAGCACACAAGUGAAGAGAAGUUGAUGAGGAAAGGGUCUUCCUUCUCAUCAUUGCCCUGUUUGUACUUGGGACUGAUUCUGUCAUGUUCAUCGGAGAAAGCUUGAGGCCAUGGCGAGAUACUGCACGUUGCCUUCCACAAAGCAGUGGCUCAGCUGCCAUCUUGCUUAUCUCUGGACGACAGAGGAGGUGAACCUUAAAGAAGAGAGAAUUAUGUCCUAAGUCCCCAAAAUCUGACUUUUCUUUUUUCUUUUGGUUUGGUUUUGUUUGGGAAGACUAAUUAAUUGACUUGUGUGUUUUGAACAGGUUAAGUAGCAGGUUGGAUUUUAUGGUAUUUCAAGGAAUGACAUGACAUGUGCCUCUGAGCUUCUAAUCUGAAGCUGCUGUAACUAAAGGAAUAUGAAAAAAACAACCCUGAAGCAGAGGCCUUUAUUGUCUUUGUUGCCAGUAGUACUUUGUUUUGCCAUAUGGCAAACAACAUACAAAACGAUUAGCUGUUGUAUGCCAGGCUAUGUGCACAGCCUCUUGGAUUACUUUGUCCCCCAAAGCAUCAGAGUUGAGGGGUGCUUUGGGGAAACCUUUGCUUACUUUGCCAGUAAGAAGAGCAGGGGGUAGGGGGGCACUUGGGCAGUUUUCUGUCAAGCUUUUCAGUGAAUGCUCCCGUUAAAGUUAGGACUUAAAUUUUUUUUUGAGUUGGAGU